UUGAGUGUAAGGAAUAUAUCAUUUAUUUUACUUUUUGAAUGUAUAUAGUUUAGGUAUGUAGCCCUAUCUUGCUAGAGUAAUGUAGUGUUGACAGUGACAGCAGUUGUGUGUUUCUAUAGACUUCAGUAAUAAAUGUAGAAGUUGUGAAAAUUGCAGUGCAGUACAAUAAUCAGUAUUUCAGACAAAAAUCCUUCACGCAAAGUGCUUAUGAAGUAGUAGUAUGUGAAACCAGUUAACAUUUAAAAUUAUAAGAUGUUUAAAAUCAUAACCUCUUCUACAUUUAAGAAUUGUGAAAUGACUUUCUAAAAGUUCCUACAGCAAAUUAUUUUAAAAGUCUAAAACAUCCAUUGCGAAGACAGAAAUUCAUUGGUGCUCACAUAUCAUACUAUUUCGUUGAUAUCAUACUAGUUUGUUGAUAUUUUGGGAAAUAGAACCAGCUAACUUGGGUAGAAAAAACUGUGGGUAGGUGCAUCCAUUCUGAUGAGGGUCAAUGUGGAUCAGAAGUCAAACAUGGCAAAUCUGUGCACAAGGCAGGAGAAUUCAUCCUGGGUGGGAUGCAAACACUUAUUCACACACUCAUUUACACCUAGGGGCAAAUUAGCCUAGCAGAUCCACCUACCUGCAUGUUUUUGGACAGUGGGAGGAAACCGGAGAACCGAGCGGAUAAUGGGAGAACAUGUGAAACUUCACACAGACAGUAACCCAAGCUCAGGUUCAAACAAAGGACCCUGGAGUUGAGGCGGCCAAAACCUGCAUGUGGACAUCUCUAGUUGAGAUGAACUUGAGUGAUGUAGCUGAGGUUGAGGAAUUGUUAGAGCCAGAAUUCCCACACCAUGCUGACAGUGCUGCCAUUUCUAUCUCUGGGUUUUUUUCUAGUGUUUCUAGGGGUGUAGUGUUAGGGUUCGGAAAAAAAGACUCUCUUCUGGCUUAGGCCACACCCGCUUCAGAUUUAAAGCAGAACACAGAUACAGAUAGGGAUAUUUAAAGAACUAAACAGACACAGAUAGUGCAUUGCAUUACACCCCUAAUAAAUACAUAAUUUUAUUAAAUAUAUUUGGGACCUGAGGUGUUCAGAUUUAACAGCUGUUUGCUUUUCUGCCAGCCCUGGAAAAUACUGUAAGUCCAUUCAUUCCAUAUAACAUCAGGACAAAAUUGUUCCCAGGAAUUGAAGGAGGGGCUUCAGAGUUACAGCAGCAGCAGCUCGUUCCCACCUCCCUCUUACCCAGUCCAUAUUUACAGUCCAGGGAGUAACAUGAAAAUAUGACUGAUCUAUAUGUCUGUUCCAUUUUUGCUUUCUUUUUCUGAGAUGGAUUCCUGAAUCAAUGUUUCGACGGAUGUAGAAUGGCUUGUGUAAAAAUAUACUUGUGUUCCAACCCUGAUGACUCUGUAACAGAAAGGAAGGUGCUGAGAGAGCAUGUGUUCCCUAAAAUAAGGGACCACUGCAGACGUAUGCAUGGAGUAGACUUCAGGGUUAUUGACCCUUAUGAAGAGCCAAACCCAGAUAAGUGGCCAACACAGCAGGUGCGAUUGCAAUUAAUCGAGGAGUGUCGGCAGAAUUCGCUGGGCCCUUUCUUUGUGAGCCUGGUGGGGGCGCAGUAUGGAGCUGCGUGUUUACCAGAGCAGGUGGAGCUUUCUGAGUUCCACACAGUGCUGCAGGUUUGCCAGGAGAUGGGAUUCAGCUCUGAAGUCCUAGAGAAAUGUUACAGAAGGGAUGAGAACACCAUACCCCCAUCAUUCUGCCUGCUCAGUCAACAUGAGCAUUAUAAAUAUAAUUCCCAGAAAAUUGACAAAAAUGGUUGGGAUGAUGCACUUGCAAAAGGGAGGAAGACCUUAAAUGAUGUUAUCACCCAUUGUGUUCUAGAGGGCAGUAUUGACCAAGAAAAUGCUCAGAAAUAUUUAAGGUCAAGUAAGUAUGUUCCACAGCAUGAUGUGUUUUCCUAGGUGGUAUUUUGUAUUUUGGAAUUCAAAGACAGCUGAAUUUGCUUAUCAUACUUUCAGGGCUUGAGAACGAUCUCCGCUUUGCACUGGAUGGCCGGUCUGUUACUGAUAUCAAAAGGUGUCUUUGUUAUG